UCAGGUAAUCCGAUUUUCCAGGGCUGGUAUGCAGACCCUGAAGCCAUAGUUUUUGAUAACAAAUUCUGGGUAUACCCAACUUAUUCCGCUAAAUAUGAAGAGCAAGUAUUUAUGGAUGCUUUUUCGUCUUCAGAUCUUGUAACCUGGAAAAAACAUGGCCAUGUGCUGGAUACUGCCGAUUUUAAAUGGGCAAAAAAAGCAGUAUGGGCACCCUCUAUCACUAAAAAAGACAAUAAAUACUAUAUCUUUUUUGGUGCAAAUGAUAUACAAAGUGAUCAGGAAACAGGAGGAAUAGGGAUAGGUGUGUCCGAUAAGCCCGAAGGCCCUUUUAAAGAUUAUCUCGGAAAACCAUUAAUUGAUAAAUUUUAUAACGGAGCCCAGCCUAUAGAUCAGUUUAUAUUUAAAGAUAAAGACGGUCAGUAUUAUUUGAUAUACGGUGGCUGGGGACAUUGUAAUAUCGGUAAAAUGAAACCCGAUUUUACCGGGUUUGUUCCAUUUGAAGAUGGCAAGUUAUUCAAAGAAAUUACUCCUAAAGGUUAUGUGGAAGGCCCUUAUAUGUUUAUCAGAAAUGGAAAAUAUUACUUUAUGUGGUCAGAAGGUGGAUGGACAGGUCCUGACUAUUCCGUAGCCUAUGCUAUAGCCGAUUCACCAAUGGGCCCCUUCAAAAGAGUGGAUAAAAUACUUAAACAAGAUCCAAAAGUUGCCACUGGAGCAGGUCAUCAUUCUGUUAUCAAACACCCUCAAACUGGUGAUUAUUAUAUUGUUUACCAUAGAAGACCGUUAAAUGAAACCAAUGGAAACCACCGGGUAACCUGUAUCGAUAAAAUGGAAUUUGACGUCAACGGAUUUAUUAAACCAGUGCAGAUC